CUGAGUUUGUCAAUGUCUAUGGGGAGAGCUUCUGCUUCUGGCUCCGGUGGGUUCAGGUGUCCCUGUUCCCCUCUGUGCCUUGGCUUUCUUGUAUGCAGAAUAACGCGGCGGUCACCGGAGGCUCAGAUAUGAGCAGCGUAACGCAGGCCACACCUGGGACCCCAGCUGCCCCCGGACCCGAUACAUACAAGGGUUGGCUCUUCAAAUGGACUAACUACCUGAAGGGUUAUCAGAGGCGCUGGUUUGUGCUGAGCAACGGGUUGCUGUCUUACUACAGGACGCAGGCUGAGAUGGCGCACACCUGUCGGGGAACUAUAAACCUGUCAACAGCUCAUAUUGAUACAGAGGAUUCCUGCAACAUUGUUAUUUCCAACGGAGGCAGAACAUAUCAUCUCAAGGCAAGCUGCGAGGUAGAAAGGCAAAAAUGGGUCACUGCUCUGGAGUUGGCGAAAGCCAAAGCUAUCCGUAUGAUGAACAACCAAUCAGAUGAUUCUGGUGAUGAAGAGCCAAGUUCCCAGUCAGAUAAGGGUGAGUUAUACAGUUCUCUAAAAUCUUUGACAAGUAAACUGGAUGAUCUGAGCACAUGCAACGACCUCAUUGCCAAACAUGGUGCAGCCCUCCAGCGUUCCCUGAGUGAGCUAGAGAACCUUAAACUGUCCUCAGAGAGCAGUGAGAAGAUCAAAUCCGUGAAUGAAAGGGCAACACUCUUCAGGAUCACCUCCAAUGCAAUGAUAAAUGCAUGCCGUGAUUUCUUGGAGUUAGCAGAGACACACAGCCGGAAAUGGCACCGAGCCUUGCAGUAUGAGCGUGAGCAAAGGGUCCGUCUGGAAGAGACUAUUGAGCAACUAGCGAAGCAGCAUAACAGUUUGGAGCGUGCCUGUCGUGGUGCCCCUCGUCUUACCUCCAACAUUGUGGGCAUUCCAAACACUAGUAAAGGGAGUGUUCAGACAGUAAAAGGGGAAGCCAGUGAUGAAGAUGAGGAGACUGAAUAUUUUGAUGCCAUGGAGGAAUCACCAGCUUUUAUCACAGUAACAACUAACUCCAAGCAGCACAGGCAUAAUACAGGCAGUCUAAGCAGUGCCAGUGGAGGUAACCAUGAAGAAUGGCAGCUCGGAGAAAAUGUGAGUAUUUCAUGGCUCACACACGAAGGCAGUUAUUGUGAAUCUAAACGAAAGGAUGUUUUAACCGAGAAAAAAAGAAGAACGAGUAUUCCUGAGAAACCAAAUUACAGCAUUAAUCUCUGGAGUAUUAUGAAAAACUGCAUUGGCAAAGAGUUAUCAAAGAUACCACUUCCAGUAAAUUUUAACGAGCCACUUUCCAUGCUCCAGAGGCUAACAGAAGAUUUGGAAUACCAUGAACUGCUUGACAAGGCAGUGAAGUGUGAGAAUCCUAUCGAACAAAUGUGUUUUGUAGCAGCCUUUUCUGUGUCUUCCUACUCCACCACAGUCCACCGGAUAGCAAAACCAUUUAACCCAUUACUAGGGGAAACAUAUGAACUUGAUCGACUUGAUGAUUUAGGAUUCAGGUCCAUAUGUGAACAGGUCAGUCACCAUCCACCAGCUGCUGCCCAUCAUGUCUACUCUAGGAAUGGGUGGACACUGAGACAGGAAAUCACUAUUUCCAGCAAAUUCAGGGGAAAAUAUCUUUCCAUCGUGCCAUUAGGUGAUAUUCAUCUAGAUUUUCACUCUAGUGGUAAUCAUUAUGUGUGGUCAAAAGUAACAUCCACGGUGCACAACAUCAUCGUAGGCAAGCUCUGGAUAGACCAGUCUGGAGAAAUUGAAAUGAUCAACUACAGAACCAAGGACAAAUGCCAAUUGAAAUUCAGCCCUUACAGCUAUUUCUCCCGGGACAUUCCGAGAAAGGUUACCGGGGUGGUGACAACUGUGAUGGUAAAAGCACAUUAUGCCCUAUCAGGAAGCUGGGAUGACAAGCUGGAGUGUGCAAAGAUCAUACAGAGCAGUGAAGGCAACAAUAGCACAGGCAAACAGAAGAUGGUAUAUCAGACUCUUCCUCCAAGGCUUCUGAAGAAGUAUCCGCUGCCGGAGAAUUCUGAGAACAUGUACUUUUUCUCUGAAUUGGCUCUUACACUAAAUGAAUCAGAUGACACAGUUGCACCCACAGACAGCAGGUUUCGACCAGACCAACGGUUAAUGGAAGAAGGCAAGUGGGAUGAGGCCAAUGCAGAAAAGCAUAGGUUGGGAAAACAAAGAGCUGUCCGUAGAAAGCGAGAAGCAGAAGCUGCUGAUGCUUUGGAAGAAGGUAGUGACUAUGAAGGCUAUCAACCACUGUGGUUCGAAAGAAAGGUUGAUCCAUACACCGGGGAGCUUAACUGUGUUUACAAAGGAGGAUACUGGGAGGCCAAAGAAAAACAGGACUGGUCUCUCUGUCCUGAUAUCUUCUGA